AUGUCAUGUCCUUCGUGUCGCGACAAUCCGGAAUUGAUACUUCCUAAUGUCGCAGCAUUGGGAGCGAUAACAACAAUGAUUGAAGAGAAAGAAUGCGGUCCAACUUGUCGCUUAAUAAUUGACAUCGGUUUGCUUCUUAUGGGCGAAUAUCCUUUUCGAAGACUAAAACCAUUGAAUGUUACAUUUUAUGGAUACAACGAUGCAUUGCUUUCGCUCACAAAUUCACCCAUUUUCAAAUAUUUUGGUGACAAAUUUAACAAUGGUAAACCAAUUAUUCCACUCAAAAUUCCUCAUUUAAAAAAUUUGGCAUUAUUUUACAGACUUAAUAAUUCGAAUGAUGAAGAUUAUAUUAUUGAAACGGGUAAGAAAGAUAUUAAUUCAAUUGGUGCAAUUCAAAAUUGGGCUGGAUCCAAUCAUUUACAAUUAUCAUGGUGGCAAACUAGGCAAGCUCGAAUGAUCAAUGGAACUGAUACCGGAAGUUUUGCACCGUUUCAUUUAACGUCCAGUAGUAUUCUUCCAUUUUUCAGCUCAUUUUUGUGUCGAUCAUUUGUCGCAGAAUUUUCUAAACAUUCCACUUAUAAAAAAAUGAAAAGUGUAGAAUUUACGGUUCCACAAGAUGAAUUUGAUACAAUUAGUAAUGAACGUAUCGGUUUCCGAUAUCGUAAUCUUGAACAAAUCAAAUAUUUUCCGGAAUGGAAUCCAUGCUCAAAAAUGACAAGAAGUAAUAACUUUACUCCAUGUUCAAAUAUAAGUAUUAAUUGUUUAUUAGAGCAAAAUUUAUGUCAUCACUGUUGCAAAGGGAAUUAUGUAGAUGGAACUUACCUAUUACCUCCCGGAAUGUUCCCGCUUGUCUGUUUCCCGGGCAAAAAUGAGACAUUACCAAUGUCAGCAAUCAUAUCACCACCUUAUUUUUCUUACUCUCCAAAAGAAGUUAUUAAUUCGGUAAUUGGAUUUCCACAAUUCAAUGUUAAACCGUCAACAUUUACAUUUACUCGAGAACCGGAUUGCAACUCGAUUGCCAAAUUUGAUGACACCAAUGAUUUUAAUUCGAGUGCACGGUGA